AUGACUGGCAUUCCCUUUGCAGACCCUCUCUGGCUGACGAGAGGUGAAAGCCCUUACUACGGCGAAUCUCAUAGGCGCUUGCAGAAGGAGGUGCGGGCGUACGUCGACGAGCAUAUCGCGCCCUUCUGUGAUGAAUGGGAGAGAAAAGGCGCCGUACCGCAAGAGGUCCAACAACGGCACGCAAAGCUUGGAUACACCGCCGUAGCUGCCUACCCAGUAGCAUUCGAUCAGUUGCAAGGCCAGAGACUCCCCGGUGACAUUCCCCCUCACGAAUGGGACGCGUUCCACGACCUCGUCGUGAUUGAUGAACUGGCAAGGUGCGGAUACCUCGGAAUUGUCUGGGCUCUUGGAUGUGGCAACUCGAUCGGUCUUCCACCCGUCAUCCAAUUCGGCAAUCCAGAGCAAAAGCGACGAUUCCUUCCUGAUGUCCUCUCUGGAAAGACGAGAUUCUGUCUAGCCGUCACAGAACCAGAUGCUGGUUCUGAUGUCGCUGGAAUUACAACUACGGCUGAACGGAGAGGAGACAAGUACAUUGUCAACGGCGCAAAGAAGUGGAUUACCAACGGAAUCGUUGCGGAUUACUGUACUGCAGCUGUCAGGACUGGAGGAGACGGGACAUUUGGCAUCUCGGCGUUGAUUGUUCCUCUCAAGGCUUCUGGCGUUACCUGCAAGAAAAUUGAGAAUUCUGGUGUCGAAGCCAGUGGAUCUACCUACAUCGAGUUUGACAACGUAGAGGUCCCCGUGUCCAACCUUCUAGGCGAGGAGAAUAAGGGCUUCCCUAUCAUCAUGAACAACUUCAACCACGAACGCCUCUGGCUCGCCUGCACCGCCCUCCGCAUGGCCCGCGCCUGUCUUCACGACGCCUACAAACACGCCCUAAACCGCGAAACCUUUGGAAAACCCCUAAUCCAAAACCAAGUCAUCCGCGCCAAAUUCAGCACCAUGGCGCGUCACAUUGAAUCCACGCACUCCUGGAUGGAGCAGCUCGUCUACAUCUCCAAGACCAACCCCCAUGCAAAGCUGGGCGGUCAAUUUGCGAAUCUCAAGGUGCUGGCGGGACAGACCUUGGAAAAGGUGAAUAGGGAGAGUCAGCAGGUCAUGGGUGGACUUGGGUAUUCGAAGAAUGGUAGGGGGGCCAGGAUUGAGCAGAUUAGUCGGGAUGUUAGGGUCAUGGUUGUUGGGGGUGGCAGUGAAGAGAUUUUGACUGAUUUGGCUCUUAACCAGGAGGUCAAGGCUGAAAAGUCGAAGCUGUAG